GCGACAGCGAUGGCGAGCUCGUGGAUGCUGCUGCUGGCGGUGCUGGGGGGAGCCUGCGCCCUCCCCGCCCCGGAGCCCUUCGCCUACACCCAGGCGCUGGCCCAGGCUGUGGAUUCCUACAACCAGCGCCCAGAGGUGAAGAAUGCCUUCAGGCUGCUCAGUGCCGAGCCCGAGCCCGACCCGGGCGUGGAGCUGAGCUCGCUGCAGGCAUUCAACUUCAGCAUGAUGGAGACGGAGUGUGCCGCCAGCGCCCGCAUCGACCCCGAGGACUGCGCCUUCAAGGAGAACGGGGUCAUCCUGGAGUGCUUGGGGAAGGUGAAGAUGCAGCAGGACAUCCCCGAGAUCGACCUGAACUGUUUCGAUGACCCCUCCGACAUCUCCUCCGAAGUCUCCUCCGACUCGGGUCUGGUCGAUCAUGGCCACUUCGGGCGCUUCAAGCGCGAAGCACGGCACUCCAAGCGCAGGCUCCAUAUCAACGGGAAGGUCUGCUUGAAAUGGGGCUGA